AUCGCAGUGCAGUCAGCAGGGCAGUGAUUACACAGUACAGCACUCCGGGGAUUUCAUCGCCAGCAUGGAAACCCCUUUCCUCCUCAAAAUGCCUGCUUCUCAGAAAUCCGCCCGCUCUCUGGCAGUUUGGUAUUACAUUUCACAAUCUCUCCUCCUCACUGAGUCAUUUGGAAUUGACCCGUUUCCUGGCUGCUUUCUGUUCUGAUCACUUCUUGCCUGCAGAGGGGUUGGGAGUCUUGUUCAAAACCUCUUUUGCUGUUUGUUUAUGUUUUCAUCCUUGCAAGGACAGCUUUUUAAUUCAUGAGGAUUCCUGUUUCUCCUGGAGAGAGACUUGGAUUGAAGAGCCAGGGAGAUGUAGACAGAGCAGGAGGCUGCAGCCUGUGGUCCAAAUGGUUUGUGAAAUGAAACUGAAGAACUCCCUUGGGGGCCAUGUGGUUGGUGGUAUCCUAGAGAGACUGAGUGCCAUCACCAUUAACCCCCAGCAUAUUCUGGAGGAGAUCCUACCAAAGGUCCCCGGCACUGUGACUGACAAUGAUGUGCCCAUGCUCUUCCGGGAGCCCUACAUCUACAGUGGCUAUCGGCAGGUGGAGCAGGAAUGGAAAUACUACCUUCUGAGCCUCUUCCAGCAACACAACGAGGCUGUCAACGUCUGGACUCACCUGCUGGCUGCUCUGGUGCUUCUGGUCCGUUUCCGAGCCUUCCUGGAGAUGACCUCUCCAUUCCCGACUGUCUACAGCCUCCCGCUUUGCUUCUUUGUGGCUGCCUGUGUAACCUACCUGUCGUGCAGUGUGCUAGCCCAUCUCUUCCAAUCCAAGUCGCAGCUGGCCCAUUACUCUUUCUAUUUCCUGGACUAUGUGGGUGUGGGUGCUUACCAAUAUGGCAGUGCCCUGGCUCAUUAUUAUUACUGCAUGGAGCCUGAGUGGCACCAGGUGAUUCGCCCCUUCUUCUUACCCUUUGCUGCCAUUCUGGGCUGGCUCUCCUGUUUGGGCUGUUGUUUCUCCAAAGUCCACUUCCAGCGGCCUUACCCCAUCACCCGGAAGGUGUGCCAGGUGGUGCCCGCCUUUCUGGCCUACGUCCUGGACAUCAGCCCCAUUGUCCACCGGGUUGCCACCUGCUGGGCCCGGGGUUGCACUGACCAUGCUGUCUGGUACCACACCUGGCAGAUUAUUCUGUUUGUCAUCGCUUCUGGCUUCUUCUCUUACCCAGUGCCAGAGAAGUAUUUCCCGGGAAAGUUCGACAUUGUGGGGCACGGCCACCAGAUCUUCCACAUCUUCCUGUCUCUCUGCACGUUAGCUCAGCUAGAGGCUGUGCUGAUGGACUACAGCAAUCGGCGUGAGAUGUUCUCCAGCUGGGGGGAUGAGCACAUGGUCUACAUCUCAUGCAUGAACUUCAUCGUGCUGAUCGUCUGCAGUGGUGGUUCAGCGAUCUACCUGAGGAGGAUAGUCAAAGAUAAGCUGCACAAGAAAAGGGACUGAGGGAUACGAUAUGGGCCCCUAUCUUCUCUUCUGGAGAAUCUGUCUGUACUCCAAAAAGAAGCUCAUGAUUUUGUUUUGAAUAUAAGCAGAUGUCAAGGCCCAAGGCCAACCCCUGGGUCUUGUUUGCAUUCAUUUGUUGGUGGAGUCUUGUCCGGGAGGGAACUGCUGUCCUUGUGAAUGAGGAGAUACAUGUCUCUGUGUGGGGUGUGUCAGGGGAGGGGUGGUGUCCGUCUAACUUGCAGGAGUGAGGGUCCCCUGUCUCCUGCUGAAGGGCUACAAGAGGCCAGUGGUGUUGCUGCUGUCAGAGCAGUUGGUGGUCUCUCAGUUUGUUCAGCAUCAGAUGCCCCAUACCUGGGAAAAGCUCCUGUGCGUCAACUGAACACCACAAAUGGACUGAGUGGGCACUGGGAAAGAUUGACAGCAAGUGGGCACAACAGCAAAGCUAGAAUUGAACAGGGCGACUCUCACCCAGACAUAGGAAUAGGAAGUUCAGAUAUCCGAAAGGAUAUGAAUAACUAACUUUAAAUAUAACCCAUGCUGUCUCUGCCCUGGGAGUGUUUGAUGGGGACAGUGUACAGUGUGCUUCACUCUUUAUCUCAUCCUGUGCCCUGUGUUUGGACUGUUUGAUUUAAGUGCAGAGAGAGCUUUACUCUCAGUCUAGUCCCAUGCUGUGCAUUCUCUCACAGAAUCUGAUGCGGACAAUGUAGAGAGGGCUUUACUCUGUAUCUAAACCUUGUGCUGUCCACAGAUUGGGAGUGUUUGAUGGGGGACAGUGAGGAAGGAACUUUACUCUCAACCUAAGCACGUGCUGCCCUUGUCCUCGGAGUGUUUGGUGGCGAUAGUGUAGAGGUAGCUUUACUCUGUAUCUAAAUCCUGUGUUGUCCCAACACUGGGAGUAUUUGAUAGGGAUGAUGCAGACAAAGCUUUGCUUUCAGUUUAAAAUAGGAAGCUUUACUUUGUUUCUAGCCCCAAACUGUGCUUGUUCUGGGAGUAUUUGAUGUGGACAGUCAAAAGGGAGCUUUACUGUGUAUCAAACACCUUGCUGUCCCUGUUCUGGGAGUGUUUGUGGGGACGGCGUACAGUUGUUUUACUCUGUAUCUAACUUUGUUUUGUCCCUGUCCUGGGAGUGUUUGAUGGAGACAGUGUCAUGGAAGAUUUCCUUACAGUUCAAAAGAGUCGAGGGAAAAUCACACUAACCCUGUGCUGCCCCUGUCUGGGACGGCUGCUUGGCUGAAAUCUGAAUUGGCGAGUUGUAAGAAUUGUAUGACUGUCCGUAUAUUUCUGUGUGUAAUUUUAAAACUACUCACUAAGUGAAAUGAAUAGCAGGGAACAUGAAUAUCAGAGUCUCUAUUUCUCCUUUUAAUUCUUAAGUAUGACCUUAGUAAGUCUUUAAUUUAUAAUCAGAGACUCUGUAUUAACAACACCAGU